AUGGAGGUCAUUAACGGUAACGUAAUUGAUGAUCAAAAUUCCAAUAGGGAUUUCGGUUCACAAAAUGUCACAAAUGAAAUUUCAUUACGUCCGAGGAGCACAUCAGCUCCACAAGAACCCACCUUACAAUCAAUUGCGAAUGAUACCAACACGACCGCAUCUAUCGCAAACCCUUCUCAACAAAAUGAUCCGCAGCAAAGGAGAUUCAAUAUUAAAUGUGAUUGUGGUCUUGAACCAGUUCUUCGGGAGGUUAAAAUAAACACCCCAAAUAAAGGAAGAUUCUUUUGGUCAUGUAGCAAAUUUGGUAGACCAGAUCAUAUGAGAAGAUGUAAUUUCUUUAAAUGGGAUUCUCCAAAUGAGAAUGAAAAUGAUGUGGAUGAACAAUCUUUUUUAGCUCGAAAUAGGAAUGAGAUACCUUACGUCUUAAUCAGAUCAGUAACGCCGUUGAUUUCCUACAAUGACAACAACAACAGUAAUGAUGAUGAUGAUAAUAGUGAAGUAAACCUUUCUCCGCGCCCCGAUCAACUCUCAGAGAAUAACGUCGUACCUAGGUUGAUCACGCGGACUAGGGCAACGUCCGCUGCAACUCCUCUGUUAACUCCACAUCGAAGACGUAGGAAUAGAAGGGCUACUUCAUCACAAGCUCCUGGAUCACCUCCGAUGAGAUCACAAUCUUCCAUCGCUGCAAAUAAUGCUUUAACCGGUGACGUGUAUACGCGUAAACCGGCCCUAUUUAGCAAUUGGGAUGAUGUACCCAAAUAUUCUACUCCUCAAUUAUUGGAUAUAAUGCAAAAUCAUCUCGUACAACAAGACAAAAAUUAUCAACAAUGGUAUACUGCUUACCAACUGGCUAAACAAGAUCUUGAAGAAGCGAAGAAGAAAAUUGAGAAAUUAAAUGAUGAAUAUGAGGUGGUAAACAGGGAAAAUGAAUUGUACAAACGUGAAAAUGAUAUUUUGAAAGCCGAAAAGCGGUUGUUGGAAUAUGAAAAUAACGAAUUAAAGGAAGAAAAUCAAGAAUUGAAGAGAAGGAGAUUUUAA